GUGAGACCCCGAAAUCCCCGCGGGUUCGGCCGCGAUGGCGUCGCCGGCCGUCAGCCCCGACUCGUCGUCCCACGAAGCCCUGUCCUCCGUCAACUCGGCCCCGGCGUGUUCGCCCACCUCCGACUCCGAGAACCUCAGCCCCGAUGAGCUGGAGCUGCUGGCGAAGCUGGAGGAGCAGAACAGGCUGCUGGAGGCCGACUCCAAGUCGAUGCGCUCCAUGAACGGCUCGCGGAGGAACAGCGGCUCCUCCCUGGUCUCCAGCUCCUCGGCCUCCUCCAACCUCAGCCACCUGGAGGAGGACACCUGGAUCCUGUGGGGCCGCAUCGUCAACGAGUGGGACGAGUGGCGGAAAAAGAAGGAGAAGCUGCUGAAGGAGCUCAUCCGCAAAGGGAUCCCCCACCACUUCCGUGCCAUCGUCUGGCAGCUGCUCUGCAGUGCCACCGACAUGCCCGUCAAGAACCAAUACUCGGAGCUGCUCAAGAUGUCCUCCCCCUGCGAGAAGCUCAUCCGCAGGGACAUCGCCCGCACCUACCCGGAGCACGAGUUCUUCAAGGGGCAGGACAGCCUGGGCCAGGAGGUGCUCUUCAACGUCAUGAAGGCCUAUUCGCUGGUGGACAGGGAGGUUGGAUACUGCCAGGGCAGCGCCUUCAUCGUGGGACUGCUGCUCAUGCAGAUGCCUGAGGAAGAGGCCUUCUGUGUGUUCGUGAGGCUGAUGCAGGAGUACCGCCUGCGGGAGCUCUUCAAACCCAGCAUGGCCGAGCUGGGGCUCUGCAUCUACCAGUUCGAGUACAUGUUGCAGGAGCAGCUGCCGGAGCUGAACAUCCACUUCCGCUCGCAGAGCUUCCUCACCUCCAUGUACGCCUCGUCCUGGUUCCUCACCCUCUUCCUCACCACCUUCCCCCUGCCCGUGGCCACGCGCGUCUUCGACAUCUUCAUGUACGAGGGACUGGAGAUCGUGUUCCGCGUGGGGAUGGCCUUGCUGCAGUUCAACCAGGCCGAGCUCGUCCAGCUGGACAUGGAGGGCAUGUCCCAGUACUUCCAGAAGGUGAUCCCGCACCAGUUUGACAGCUGCCCCGACAAGCUCAUCCUCAGGGCCUUCCAGGUCAAGUACAACCCCAAGAAGAUGAAGAGGCUGGAGAAGGAGUACGCCGCCAUCAAGAACAAAGAGAUGGAGGAGCAGAUCGAGAUCAAGGGCCAGGUGACGCGGGCGCAGGAAGCCGAGGAGAACUACAUCAUCAAGCGGGAGCUGGCGGUGGUGAAGCAGCGCUGCACCUCGGCCACCGAAAACCUCCAGCGGGCUCAGAGCACCAUCCGCCAGCUGCAGGACCAGCAGGGGAACCCGCGCUUCAGCGAGGAGUUUGUCACCCACCUGGAGACGGAGCUGGAGCAGUCGCGGCUGCGGGAGAGCGAGACCCUGGGAGCCCUGAAGGAGAUGCAGGACAAAGUGCUCGACAUGGAGAAGAGGAACAGCCUGCUGCCGGACGAGGACAACGUGGUGCGGCUGCAGGAGGAGCUGCAGGCGCUGGCGCUGCGCGAGGCCGAGGCCGUCAAGUCGCUGACGGAGCUGCAGCAGCAGGUGAAGGACCUCAGUGACAGCUGGCAGAGCAAGGAGGAGGUGAUGGCGGUGCGGCUGCGCGAGGCCGACAGCAUGGCAGCCCUGGCCGAGAUGCGGCAGCGCGUGGCGGAGCUGGAGAUCCAGAGGGAGGAGGGCAUGAUCCAGGGGCAGCUCAACCACUCGGACGCCGCCCAGUACAUCCGCCAGCUCAAGGACCACAUCGACGAGCUCAAGGCUGAGAUCCGGCUCCUCCGGGGGCCGCUGGCCUUCGGGGCAGUGGGGCUGGGGCCGCGCCUCGGGGACGAGGACUCGCUGGGUUCCUCGGACGAGGAGCUGCCGCCCUUUGCUCUGCCCCACGGGGACAUCGCGGACCUCGGGGACCUCGGGGACAUGGGGGACAGCAGCGACAGCGAGACCGAGGGGGCACCCACGGCGCCGUGACCCCGCGGGGGACGUCGGGGACGUUUUGGGGGGUGGGAUUGGGACGCCGGUGGCACCGCGACCCACGGGGACGUGGGGGAACUUUGGGGACAGCGGGGGACGUUGGGUCCCGCCACCCUUGUGGCACCCACGGGGCCACCCAGGGGACGCCGAGGACACGGAGGGGGAGCCAGGAGACAGCGAGGGAUGGGGGGGGGGGGCACCCAUGGCACCCAAGGGACCCCCUGGGACGCGUAGGGGACGCCAAGGGACGCCCAUGGGGCUUAGGGCACCCAGGGGACAGGAAGGGACAUCCACAGGUCCUGUGGCACCCAGGGGACACCUGGGGGACCCGUAGCACCCAGGGGACCCAGAGGGACACCCAUAGGCCCCAGGGGACGGGGGGGGGGGGACGUCCGUAAUCCACGUGGCACCCGAGGGACACCCAGGGGACCCCUCAGGGACACCCAUAGGCUCCCAAGGGACACCUGGGGGACCCUGCAGCACCCAGGGGACAGCGAGGGGACACCCAUAGGUUCCCAGGGGACACUAAGGGGCACCCGUGAGCCCCACGGCACCCAGGGGGCACCCAUGGGUCCCGGAGGACACUAAAGGACACCCAUGGGAACCACAGCACCCAUGGGACAUGAGGGGUCACCCGUAGGCCCCAGGGGACACUGAGGGGCACCCGUGGGUCCCGUGGCACCCAGGGGACAGUAAGGGACAUCCGUGGACCCCACAGCACCCGUGGGACAUCAAGGGACACCUAGAGGUCCCAGGGGGCACCCAUAGGUCCCAUGGCACCCAAGGGACACCCAUUGGUCCCAGGGGACGCUAAGGGGCACCCAUGGGUCCCAUGGCACCCAGGGGACAGUAAGGGACACGUAGAGGUCCCAGGGGGCACCCAUAGGUCCCAUGGCACCCAGGGGACAGUAAGGGACAUCUGUGGACCCCCCAGCACCCAGGGGACAUCA